AAACCAACAGCUGACAAGGAGUUAACGCAUGUGGUUGUGACAGGACAGCACAGUGAAAGCAGGCAAUAGGAAAAGGAUGCAAUCAGCUUCAGUCUGCUUUAGAGGAAGUGUUUGCCUGGCACAAGAAGGCUGUGGGGAGGAAGGAGGUGUUUAAUACUCAUGCCUAUCCACAUAUGAAGCAGCACAGAAAGGAGAAACCAGAAGGGUCAGCAUUAGACAUGGUAGGUGCAGUUUCUUCAUGGAUAUGGGGCAAAUCCAUAGAAUUGAGGAAUAAGGGACAGUUGAGUAUGCUCUGAGCUUCCUCUGUAGAUUACCUCUAUCUUUGGCAUAGCAAUGGAACACAAAAGUAUUGGGGAGAUUGGCUUCUCCACUGGUGACCAUGACCUCAAGGCAAAAGGAAAAAGCCCCCCCCCCCCGUAGCAUGCCUACAACUAGUCUCUUAUAGGCAGGGUGAUUGGGUGCAGAAGUGAAUGUGAAAAAAUGUGAAAAACUCGGAAACUGUGAAUGGGGCUGGGAGCUGUGAAGCCCCCAAGUCCAAACAAGGAAAAUUGGGGGAAGGUUGGAGGUGGGGGGUGGGGAAUUGAAUGAACAGUGAAUGAACAUUGUUCACAAUAAUAAUGUUACUUCAGCAUGCCAAAGCCCUCGGAGCAGAAAUUGGGACUAUGAUUUAGUCUAGUGCUGGACAUACAAUUCAGGGAUCACGUCCACAAAUGAAGAACCCGAUGGGGAAGUUGCAAAAGUUGUAAUUCAAUUUACUAAAUCAAAUGAUUUGCUUGGCAUAAUUAGGACAAUGUAAACUCCUUAUUAUUUUAUUUUGCAUAUACUGUAUUCCUUUUCUGUUAUUCCUUAUAUGUGCUUUAUUUCAAUGUAUUUAAUCUGUUUUUUACUUUUUUGAUGGCCUGUUGCCAUAUAUGCCAGUUUUCUCCUGUAUUGAAAAUUCCAGUAAAAAAAUUGUGUGGCUUUUUUUAAUAAAAAGGUUGUUCUUCAGAAAAACUGCAUUCAAAUAAUACACUACUACAGUAUAAAGGUCACAGCUAAAUUGCUUUAAAAGGAGUUGGCCAGUUUAAGUAUGCCUAAUUUGGGUUUCAUGGAUUUUAAUAGAACAGCCUGAUUUUUACUGGAUUAAGUCCCUAGUUUGUGGAAAUGACAUGCCAGAAUCAAUUCUGAUUUAAGUUAAACAAGGAAAAACCUAUUGAGAUUUUAUUAGCAACAAUUAAAAUUACAUGCAAAUGGCUAAUUUUGUCUAUGUUUUAGUAAGCAGUUGCAGCUGAAGCCAUCAUCUAAAAAUCUUUCAUUAUAAUUUGUAUGAAUAAAAGAAAUUAUGUAUAUUCACUUCAUAUAGUAAAGGUAAAGGGACCCCUGACCAUUAGGUCCAGUUGUGGCUGACUGGGGUUGCGGCGCUCAUCUCGCUUUAUUGGCUGAGGGAGCCAGCGUACAGCUUCCAGGUCAUGUGGCCAGCAUGACUAAGCCACUUCUGGUGAACCAGAGCAGCGCAUGGAAAUGCCGUUUACCUUCCCACCAGAACGGUACCUAUUUAUCUACUUGCACUUUGAUGUGCUUUCGACCUGCUAGGUUGGCAGGAGCAGGGACCGAGCAAUGCGAGCUCAUCCCGUCACGGGGAUUUGAACCGCCAACCUUCUGAUCGGCAAGUCCUAGGCUUUGUGGUUUAGACCACAACGCCACCCGCAUCCCUAUUCACUUCAUAUACAUAUAUACAGGGGUACCUCAGGUUAAGUACUUAAAUCGUUCCGGAGGUCCGUUCUUAACCUGAAACUGUUCUUAACCUGAAGCACCACUUUAGCUAAUGGGGCCUCCUGCUGCCACCGUGCGCCAGAGCAUGAUUUCUGUUCUCAUCCUGAAGCAAAGUUCUUAACCUGAAGCACUAUUUCUGGGUUAGUGGAGUCUGUAACCUGAAGCAUAUGCAACCUGAAGUGUAUGUAACCUGAGGUACCACUGUAUAAUAAAUAUUUCUUGGGUAUGAGCUGAUGGUAAAGUCCCCUUCAUAAGUCCCACUGGAACACAUAGAAUCCAUGCUCAUACAUUUCCCAUUGAAUUGGACAGUAACCAAGUUGUAUAUAGCAGCCCUGCUUCAGAUAGUACAUUAAUUAAUUAAUUAAUUAAUUAGUCGCUUCAUCUUGCCCAGGGCAACCUCAAGUGACUUACAACCAAGCCAGCAGUUCCAAAUCCACAUACACAGGCAACCCGAAAGGCCAGGUGAGGUCACCGUCCAAAAAGGCAGGUUCCAGGAACAGUCUAAAGGCAACACAAGAGACAAGAGCCAAUAAUGAUCUGAGGUCAAACCCAGGGCAAUCGAAGCACCAACUAACCAACAUAGCAGUUGGCUGGUACAAGAAAAGGAACUGAAGGCUUUUAGCCAUGUGCCCCAGAGUCUCACCCUGACCACAGCUGCAGGCCAUCUGGGCUGUCUGAGCUUGGUCUACUUGUGUGGAGUAGCCCAUCUUGGUCUUCAAGCAGGCACUCUGGCAUCUGGCUGCUUCUGUGCCUUUACAAGUGAACGCUCUCUUGGGUUUGGGGGAAGCUCAGUCCUCGCCUCGGCAUCUGAGCCACAGCCUGCUGUGCCUUGGGGAAGAGGCUGAAACACCCUGAAGGGUCUGGUAUGUCUCCCUGUCCCCCUGCAAUGUUGGCCUUGGGGUGCUCUGAAGGGGACUCCUCCAGCAGGGUCAUGACACGUGGCUUAGGAAGGUGGCGGCAGCAGCGGCGGCAGACAUAUGCUUAGAAUUACGGAGCAGGGCAACUCAAAGUGCACCUUAGCACUGGAAUCUUUUUUCAGUACAAGAACUGAUAUGGGGGGGUAAAUUGUUCCAGGUUUCCUCCAACCUUUCUUUAUUUCAGCAGCCUGAUUUUCGGGUGUGUAUGUGAGCAAAAGCUGUUGUUGCUACUGGAAAGCAUAAAUCCCUGGAGGUGGUUUUCUGACUAUCCCCCAGAGACCUACCAGUAGAUGCUGAGCUACCUUCCACCCACCCCAGAUAUAGACUGCAGCCCCAUCUCCACUAUGCAGUUAAACCUGUGGCAUACCACUUUAAACGGUCAUGCUUUCCCUCAAGAAAACUUGGGAACUGUAGUUUGUUGAGGGUGCUGAGAGUUGUUAGGCUAUCACUAUUCCCCUCACAGAGCUACAGUUCUCAGAGUGUUGUUGUUGUUUAGUCGUUUAGUCGUGUCCGCCUCUUGGUGACCCCCUGGACCAGAGCACGCCAGGCACUCCUGUCUUCCACUGCCUCCCUCAUGCUGGUAGCUUCGAGAACACUGUCCAACCAUCUCGUCCUCUGUCAUCCCCUUCUCCUUGUGCCCUCCAUCUUUCCCAACAUCAGGGUCUUUUCCAGGGAGUCUUCUCUUCUCAUGAGGUGGCCAAAGUCUUGGAGCCUCAGCUUCAGGAUCUGUCCUUCCAGUGAGCACUCAGGGCUGAUUUCCUUCAGAAUGGAUAGGUUUGAUCUUCUUGCAGUCCAUGGGACUCUCAAGAGUCUCCUCCAGCACCAGAAUUCAAAAGCGUCAAUUCUUCAGCGAUCAGCCUUCUUUAUGGUCCAGCUCUCACUUCCAUACAUCAAUCCCUCUUCCCAAGUGUGGAGUCAGGACUGUUUAAAGUGGUAUAAGACUGUUUUAAAUGUGUUGUGCCGAUGGGACCUGCAUCCAUUAAAAAAUAUAGGCAGUGUUAUUAUUUAUAAAUGGCUAGUCUUAUAGUCUGCUCUAGAUGUUUCAACCUCUUCCUAAAUUUCUGGAGAGAAAAGUUAUGUUGCUGGGAAGAAAGAUACAGCAUGAGGUUUUCUGGGGGCCUGGUUGAGUGAAGUUUUAGAACGUCAGAACCUAAAACGAGUCUCCAGGAUCAGGCCAGGGCCCCAUCCAGCCCAGCAUUGCUGUUGUGCUGCAAGACAUCCCUCCUGCCCUGAGGACUGCCUAAAUUCCAAGAAUAAAAGGAAUGACAACUAGUGUUUGGGUAAAAUCAGGUCACAACUUUGUUGACUACAGAUGUAAGAGGUUUGAGAGAAGGAUUUGCAUUUGGGGUCAACCAGAAGUGAAGGAGACCUUGGCCUUCCUCAAGGAGUAGCUCCCCCAAUGGAUUGUACCUGGAGAGAGCUGUGGCCCCUUGCCCCCGCCUGGGCGUCCAGACAGAGGCUGGAUCUAGACACCUCAAAGAAGCGUUUCGGCUUAAAGAGUUGUAAAUUUAACCAGGGAAAACAGAUAGAGAAAAACGGAACUCCACAUCAACAUUCGGUGGCACAAUGUUAUAUCACAUAUACAGCGCAUAUAAAUUGCUUUUUCUUUACCAGUCUAGCUGAGUCCAGAAGCAUCUCUCCUGGACCCCCCUUUUCAGAGGGGCAGGCAGGGGCUACAACCUCCCCUCUGUCCUCUGUCCAAGACUACGCCUACCCAAUGCCUAUACCACCAAAGUUGUGACGGUUGCUGUGAGGGUGGCAAAAACCAGAAGGGAGGAGCCAUUUUGCCAGCUGGGAAAUUUCCAACCUGGCCCCAAAUACAGCAGCUGACAAUGCCACAGGAAGGUCCAGCAGAACAACAUGUAACAAUAAUAUAGGGAGCGAGGGAAACAAGUUUUUUAAAUAUCUGGUUCUAUUGCUGUGAGGGAUAACCGAAGAUCACCUCUGUCCUUAUGUUAAGGCGAUUCCGCUUUAGGCUGAGUAAUCAACACGACUGAAAGUAGGAAAUACCAUGAAAUACAAUUUUACUUUAUCCCAAAGCUGUGGAAACUUUUUAGAUACAGUGGUACCUCAGGUUACAUACGCUUCAGGUUACAGACUCCGCUAACCCAGAAAUAGUACCUCAGGUUAAGAACUUUGCUUCAGGAUGAGAACAGAAAUUGUGCUCCGGCAGCAGCGGAAGGCCCUUUAGCUAAAGUGGUGCUUCAGGUUAAGAACAGUUUCAGGUUAAGAAUGGACCUCCAGAACGAAUUAAGUACUUAACCUGAGGUACCACUGUAUUGUACUCUUUAUCCAAAAAUGGUGUUUCUCUUGACAGAAAGUUACUUUGGCUGCUAUGUUGCUCUGUAGCUCUAUGAUCGCUCCUUGCAAAGAAACAUCAGCAUCAGCAGCAUUCACAGCACUUGUUUCUGGUCAUCAGGCACAGGGGCAACAUUGAGAGAGAAACACAUAAAAGUAUAAAUUUUUAUGUAAUUGUAUUUUGUAUAAAUUAUUAAAAAAUAAAUAAAACAUGUUCUAUUUACAUAUGGAACAUUUAAAUAGCCCCUGUUGAUGGGGGGGGGGCACAGGAAGGGGCCAGAGUUGGAAAAAGGUUGAGGAAAACUGCCUUAAUCCUUUGCACCAGCAGAGCUCUCCUGAGCCACAUUUGCACCUUGCAGACUUGCUGCUUUCUAAAAAUCAUCUGCACAGCACAGUUGCUAAUUGUGUGGAUGUUGCUACAUAUAGUUUGAGCCUUGAAAGGCAAUUUUGGCUGGAUUGUAUAAAUAGGGUUAUGAAUUUGCAUUUAAAAUUGUAUGCACGUCGUCACUUUAACAGCAAAUCUGUAUUCUCAAAUAGGGUGUAACCAGCAGAAGAUUGUGGUCUACAGGAACAGAUGACCACAUGCUGCUGUUUACUAUCAUUAGUUGUGGUAAGUAUUUAUGAAAUUUACUGGAAAAAAAUCUCAUUUUGCUAUUACUUUGACCUUGCCAAGGAAGGAUAUGAAGCAACGCUGGGGAUGGGAAGAGUUGUGUAAGCAGAAAUAUGUUUGAGGCUGCUUGGGUUCUGCUGUUCUCACUAUUACAAAUGGAAACUAGAAGGCUUCAUUGGCAAUCCCAUUAAAACAAGUGCCCUGUAAGACCACGCCAAGAAGAAUCUCCUGGUAUAGUCACAACAGGAAAAUAUUGCAGGUGGCACAAAACCGUAAAAAGUUCCAAUCUAGCCCAUGUAAACCCUUUUGAAGAAAAUACUUAUUGACUAAAGUAAUUUUGCUAAGUUCUUUGUCCAAAGCAGUUCUUAAUGGGGUUUCCAGGAGAAAAGAUUAACAAUUCCCUCCACCAGUAGAAGGUCCUUGUUACACUCCAAAUAUGUCUCUCCUACUAGGCUAGCUGCUCCCUCCUUCAACUGCACCUCUUUAAUUUCUGUUUGAUUUUCAACUGUUAGGAUCAGUUCAAAAGUGCCACCUCUUCCUUUUGAGCAUGGAGUCUAUUCUGCAUAAUGCCUUGUCCUCUGUGGCUGCUAAUUUUACGUUAUCUAGUGCUUCUUAUAAGAACAGGCCAGCUGUAUUCAUCACCAUUUGUAUACUCAGGAUGCUUGUCUGCAAUUGCAACCUUUUCCUAAUUAUCCUUGUUGCUCUGGCAGGGAUAUUUUCUUCUGUGGGUGCCUGGACUUACCACUAUGGGCAGAUGCCCCCGAGCAACUGGGACAUGGCAAGAAGAUUUUGCCAGCAGCACUAUACUGACCUAGUAGCAAUCCAAAACAAAGAAGAAAUUGCCUAUCUCAAUGCUACCAUUCCAUACUAUCGCACGUAUUACUGGAUUGGGAUCCGGAAGAUUAAGAAUGUUUGGACCUGGGUUGGAACGGGCAAGAUCCUGACAAAGGAAGCAGAAAACUGGGCUUCUCGGGAACCCAACAACAGACGGUCUGGAGAAGACUGUGUUGAGAUAUACAUUAAAAGGCCUGUGGAAUCUGGAAAAUGGAAUGAUGAACGUUGUACUAACAAAAAACUGCCACUGUGCUACCAAGGUAAUGAAAGCACCCCGUAUUAUGUCAUAGCUGUGGAAUACCAACAGCUAGGAAUGGAAGGACUGAUCAGUUUUGGUUCUCUUAGGACUCAGCUAGAUUGGUAAAGAAAAAGCGAUUUAUAUGCACUGUGGAGUCCUGUUUUUCCCUUCCAGAUUUCCCUGUUUAAAUUUACAACGCGUUUAACUGAAACACUUAAUUGAUGUGUCUAGAUCCAGCCUUAGUUUCUUAUUUUUCCAAUCUAAUAUUCAGUUCUCUACAUUUUUCAGCAAUUUGUGAAUUUUAUUCUUGAAGACUCCUCAUGAAAAUUCACCAGCAUUUCAGUGAGAAUUUCCCAUAAUACUGUAAACACAUUUUUAUAUGCAGUUUUAACAUAUGUACACAUUUCUGCAUAUAACAUAUGUACACAUUAUAUUUCCUGAUAUAAUGUGUUUCUGUAUGUUUGUUUCACUCAUAUCUUCACUUGUAUGCACGCUUUCCCCAAUAUUUUUUUUUUGUCAACACUGUUUCGUUGCAGAAUGGCACAGAAAAAUUCAGAUAAAUGCAAAUUUCAAAGGUGUUUCAGUUCACAUAUUGUUUUGCAAAGUGUAGAUUCAGCUUUAAUUCUCCUCCAUGCCUUCUAACAACACAUUCCUAUGUAUUUCUACUGAGAAGUAAGUUUAGUUGGGCUUACUCCCAGGUAGAGAGCUGCAGCCUAGGUUCCACUAUAAUGGGCAGGCCACCUUGCCGCCUCUUUUGCUUGCCCUUUUUCUGUACUGCACUGUAAACAGCAGCCUGAGAUCUUGCAGUUAAUCAAGCACAGCUUAUUCUGAGUCCGCAUAUGGAGAUAUUCUUUCCUGUGCAGUAUAAGGUGCAGGACCCUGAUAUAUUUGCAGCACAUCUUGGAACCAUAGAAAUGUAGGGCUGGAAGGGUCACCAAGGGUCAUCUAGUCCAACCCCCUGCAUUGUAGGAACCACAGCUAAAGAAUCCCUGAUGGAUGGCUAGCCAACCUCUCUUGGGAAACCUCCAAUGACGGUUUCACCACCUUCUGAGAGAGAGUCUGCUCCACCGUUGAACAGAUUUUACCCCCUGAAAGUUAUUCUUAAUGUUUAGCUGAAAUCUCCUUUAGGAACAAAGCUGAAUUUGGAUAUGAAAAUAUGUGACCCGAUUUCUGGCAUGACUUUUGGUACUGCUUUAGAGGUGUGGAUCAAUCUAUCAUUUUCUUUUUCCUUUUCAGAUAUUGCUAAGUGAAAAUGGACAAACAUGAACCCUGUAUUGGCAAAAACAGGCAUCUAUAAGUGCAACAGUUUGUUCAAAAGCAAGCUAGUGUAUUUGACAAGAGAUUUGAGCAUAUCCACACCAUAAAUUUAAAGUAUAUUCAAUGCAGUUUUUUUUUUAAAUGAUAUUUAUUUCAAAUUUAAAAUUACAAAAAAGAAAAAGAAAAACCAUACAAAAUACAAGGAAAACUUUAACCGUGACAAAGCGUAGAAUAAACAAAUAAAAAAGAACAAUAAAAUAGAAUAAAAAAGAAGACUUAACAAAAGAUAUAAAAAUACAUUAAGUUAAAAUAAAACAAAAACAGAUUAAACCUUUACUUAACCUUUUCCCUUUACUUAUUUCCAUGACCUCCUCUCACCUCCCAAUUUUGUAUUCUAGUUCAGAUCGUAUUUCCAGCAAUUCCUUCUAACCUUAUUUUCAUUUACGUAUUUUAAAUAUUCAAUGCAGUUUUAAAGCAUAUGACUUCCCCUCAAGGAAUCCUAGGAACGGUAGCUUGUUGAGGGUGCUGGGAUUUGUAGCUUUGUGAGGGGGGAACUACAGUUCCCAGGGUUCUUUGCCUGAUUUAAAAGUGUGGUGUGGAACAGCCUGUAGACUUUGAUUUUGUCCAGACUUGGAGCUCUUUAUUAGAACAUGAAGCAGAAUCAGCCCUGAGUACUGAACUCUGCAGAAUGGGUCCACAGCUCCCUUCUGUUAAGAGUAGCUUGAUGCCAAAGAUGCUUGUAUCUUUGAAGAGCUGGUUAGAGGAGGAAAAUUUUAAUAUGCGUAGCUUUGUUCACACUACAUGGCUGACCUGCUCUUGCCUGUUCUGUGCAGUUAUUAAAGUCCUCCUUGGGCUUUAGCUAGUCUGCCAUUAGUUUUUCAUUUUUACUUGAAUAAAAUAUGGGGGGAGGCAGUUAAGCCCCGCCCUACAUAACUGAUCACAAGAUGCAGAGUGCACACACCAUUUGAAUGGCAGUGGCUAUCAAAUAUUUUAUUGGGGGUCCGAAAGGGACCUCAACCCCUAGGACUCCUAUGUUUGCAGGGAAUGAUUGCAACUGGACUAAACACAGGAGAAACUGGCCUCCAUUUUCUCACAUCGACACUACAGAAUGAAAUAGGCUGCUAACUAGUGUAGCCCUCCUCUCUUCUCCAAAGAGAUCCUGGCAACUGCAGUUCUGUGUUCCCGUGGGAGUAGAGCUUAAGUUUCAAGAGAUGGCGCAACUCUAAUCCACUUCUCUCUUCUGUGCAGCUUCCUGCCAGCCUUCCUCCUGCAGUCAGCAUGGGGAGUGUGUGGAGACCAUUGGGAAUUAUACCUGCCAAUGUUAUCCUGGCUUCUAUGGGCCGGAGUGUGAAUAUGGUGAGUCUUCUAACAACCCAAGGACCAGAACCAUGGCUGGGGGAUGGAUACUUGUUACGUGCUGACAAAACAUAUAAGAAUAAUUAGCCCUUGAGUUAAAUGUUCUGACAGGCCCUCCAAGUGCCCCUAUUUUCCAGGGUUGUCCCUGAUUUGGAGAAGCCAUCCCAGUUUCUGAUUUGAUCCUGGAAUGUCCCACUUUUCCUUAGGAUGUCCCUAUUUUCAGUGGAGAAAUGUUGGAGGGUAUGGAGUUAUCUGACCCCUGAACCACCUGAAGGCAAUCCAGUAUAGGGAAGUUUUUUGAAUGUUUUAUGUUUUAUGACGUUUUUAUAUAUGUUGGAAGCUGCCUGGAGUGCCUGGGGCAACCCAGUAAGAUGUGUGGGGUAUAAAUAGUAAAGUUAUCAUUAUGGAAUGGGAUGUCCCUAUUUUCAUUGGAAAAAUGUUGGAGGGUAUGGUUCUGAGUGCUUCACGUACGCUUUCCUGUAAGGAAGGCCAGUGUGAUCCCCAUUUGAGAGCGAGGGGGGCUUCCUUCAGGGCCUUCUAGUGAAUUAAUGGCUAAGCUGAAUUUUGAACCUGGGACUAUCUGAUUUUCCGCUCAGUCUCUUGAUCACCACAAAAUACAAAAUUUACAUUUAUUUCUCUUGUAUAACUUUUAAGAGGUUUUCCUGUGAAUAAAUUUUUGCUGAGCAAGAGAAACUGCUCCUCUUCAAGGCUGAGCGGGGCUUCUUUCCAAUUCUUGGCUUUUGUUGAGGUUUGAAGUGGUGCUACCUUCUUUACUUAAAGGACAUUCAGAGGGCUUUGUCCAUUCACAGUAUGAAGCUUAUGUGAUGAAACCAGUAGCAUCUUUUGCAAAGCCUCCUAUUUUGUCAGCUUUCUUCCUGUGCAGAUUAUUCUUCUAUGCUGCUAACUUAUAUUGUGUGUGUGUGUGUGUGUGUGUGUGUGUGUGUGUGUGUGUGUGUUUAAAAGAAGCUUAAGUGUUUUGGCUUUCUCCCCAGAAUCCUGAGAAUUGUACUUUGAGGCUGCUGACAUCUCCGCCCACCCUGCCCUUCGUGAAACUACAAGUAGCCAGAAUUCUCUGGAAAGAGGAAAUCAUUUUUAAAACUAGUUUACAUUUGUAGUGUAGUUCUGCCCCAAAAGGAAGCACACCGGAAUGUGAUAACAAAGAUUGCUCUGUGAGAAAUAUUUAGCCCUGUUGUGUUGACUGACAUGCAUCACAAAUAACAUUACUGCCCAGCUCAAUAUAAUUUUCCUUUGAAACAUCUAUGUUGGAAGCCAUGCCAGGGGUUUUAAGUCUAGCAACAAAAUGUACAAAUUCUCCUCAGCCACUCUUGGCUCUGGUUUGGGGGAAUCAAAAGGGCAAGUUUGGCCUAUUUCCACGAGGAGAAAACUCACCUCUGAAUUGUACUUUAUAUUGUGAAUGGGGGCUCACAAGGCUGGUGGCUCUUCCACACAAAAUAUAUAGAACUAGAUAUUGGAUUCUAGUUGAGUCUUCUCCCUGAUGUGCCAGUUUUCUAUAAUAGCGAGGGUUUUUAAAAAUAUAUAUCAGCCAUGCAAGUCUUAACCUGUAGUUUGAAGUGGUCUUGCUCAAAGAUGCAGGUUUACUGUCUCAGUGAAAGGUGUGCCUCGGUUGUGUGAAUAAGCCUGUGUACCCAACAUGCCUUUAAAGCACAUCUGAAGCACACUCCCCACCCUCAACAAAAUAUAAUUCUGGGCACCGUAGUUUGUUAAGAGUUGCUGGAAUUGUAACUCUGUGUAACUGCACUGUCUAGAAUUCUUCGAGGGAAAGGAUGUACUUUGAAUGUAUUUUAAAGGUAUUGUGUGUAUGCAGCCUAAGAGCUAAACCAGAGGAAUCAAGGAAUCCAAAUGGGAGCAGGGAUAAUCUAGAGUGGAGAAGCCUUAGGAAGGGGAGAUGGUGCUUUAACUCUUCUCCCAUCCACCCUUUCCUACCUACUGCUCUGGCAGACACACAUAUGAGAAAUCCAGCUUUCUAGACCUCAGGAUUUCCAGCUUACUACUGAUUCUGCUCUACUGAGUUUAGCUGUAGUCUGAUAUGCUGAAAACAACAAAGCUUUUUUCCAGAAAGCUGUUCUAGAGACACUGAAUCUGGUGGGGGGAAGUAGCUUCCAUCCUAAGUUUCUGCAUGAAACUUUGAAGUGGAUGUACUAAUAAGUGAUGCAUAUAGCAAAAGCAUUUCUCCCCUCCUCAUUUGGCCCAAGGUGGCUGUCUUGCAUCUAGUAGAAAUGGGCAGAGCCUAAAAUAUAACCUUCUUGCUUAGGCUCUGUAUAGAUAUUCCAGAAAGAUAGCAUGCUGUCAGCAUCACUGAGAUGCAAAGUGCAUAUUUGAAAUUAAAAGGAGACUUAGAAAUGGAUGGGUGAAAAUGCUGACCUAAAUACUCAGGAGCCAACUCCACAGCUCACUGGAGCCAUUCUUUUCCUUAUCCACUUUCCCAGGGUAAGCGCCACUGAACUGAAUACAGGUUGCUUCUUGCAAAUGUGUCUUGUAAUAUAUCCAGUGAAAUAUAUCUGUCUUUUAAAUAUACGGUAACUUUUAUUUGAGUUUUAGGGGUGUGGUUUGAGGGGAAGGGGUCAACCCCCCCCCAUACACUGUUGUUCAUGUCCCCAGAAAAACUUGUCUGGUCCUGCACCUAUGGCAGAAGAGGGCCACCAUGAUAAAUUCCUGAUGGUUGAGUUAGUCACUCAUCUUUACCACCACUAAGUGGUACUUUAACUCAAGUUGGCCAGACCAUGCUUUGGGAGAGAAUUAAAUUCUGGUUGCUGUGUUGGCUCCAAAGAAACACAAGGUCUGAAAGGAUUGGUAUUAUAAGUGAGUGAGGAAGGAUUCAGGCAACAAAUGUUUCCUCUCCACAGUCUCUUUCAAAGGCGAGGUUAGAAACACAUUUGCUGAUGGUAGUGUUGGCAUAACCUGGUAUUUCAAUGUCUCCAUUUAGUUGUGAAAUGCAAGGACUUGGAUGCUGCACUUAGACCACUGCACAUGAACUGCAGUCAUCCUCUGGGGAACUUCAGUUAUAACUCCAGCUGUGGCUUCAGUUGUGAUGAAGGAUUUGAAAUGAAUGGCCUGGGCACUUUGCAGUGCUUGCCGUCUGGAAGCUGGUCAGCAGAGAUACCGCAGUGUGUAGGUAUGUGCUAUUAUGGUGGGUGCCAGGUGUUAACGCAAGUGUGGCAGUUGCCAAGGUCCAGAAACUGGCAAGAGGCCCACUGAGCCAAGCACUGUUGUAAUAAUUCCACACACCCCAUCAGCCUGCGCACUUUGCCCAGAAAACAAACAAACAAAUUGGAGUUUUCCUUUUUGCAUGGAUCAAAACUGAAAAGCAGUAAGCAUAAACAGGAUGGUAGAAAAACUCACCAUUUAUUAUAAAUGUGUAAUUUAUUAUAAUAAGUAAUGCAGCAAUGUUGCUACAAAUAUAUAUGCUCCAGAGUCUCAUUUUAGCAUUCACAAAUACAAGUGAAGCCCACUUUGGGUUACAUUAAUAAAUAUCAUAUGCCCACAUUAAGACGUAAGACAGUGACUGUGCUUUCUGUAUGCAUUUGGCUGAAGUUGGGUGGGGGGAAUGAGAGAAAGGUUAACAUUAAAACAAUAAAUGUGAAUGGGGGUUAAUGGCUAACAUAAUCACCUCAACUGUGAAUAAAUGAGACAGAAGUUAAUGUGAAUGUACAUUUCAGCAGACAGUUAAGAUUAAAUGUUGGUGAUGGCAGCAGCUGACUAAACUGUACGGGAAUAAAUGUCAUCAUAUUUUAAAAAAUCUGGUUUUUAAUUGGAAAAUGAAUAAAAAUUAUUUACAAAAAAAUAAAAAUAAAUUCUACCUGCCCCCUAAAAUAAAAGAAGCAGUACUGGAGGAAUCUUCAGAAAGUCGCUGCAAGCAAGGCCACUUCACAAAAGAGAGUGGACAAGCAGGUUACAGGCCAGUUCGGUGCUCAUUCUGCUUCUGGUACAUUUCACCCCCAUCCCUAGUUGCAGGAGAUAUUCCUAGUGGAAUUGUUGUUGUUGUUGUUGUUGUUAUUCCCCUCCUUUUCCCCUGACAAAACUCAAGGCAGCUCACGGAUAAACAGGUGCAUGCAGUAGGGUGUGCCUGUUUCAUGUGUGCAAGCCGUGUGGCGUGCACAUGACACAUCAACAACAUGUGGCAUGCUGACAUCGCCCAGCCCCCUAAAUUGUGGGGGCAAGGGGGCGCACUUGCAGAUAAAACGAGCAAUAAGUAAGUAGUCCAUCUUCAGUCGAUGUCCUUCAUAACCAGAGUCCUGAUCUUCUAGUUUUCAAUGUUUGAUAUGUUAUUGUGUUUUUAAUAUUCUGUUGGGAGUUGCCCAGAGUGGCUGGGGAAACCCAACCAAAUGGGUGGCAUUAAUAAUAAUAAUAAUAGCCAAUUCCCAUCAUGCAUAGCGCACACGUGCCUGAUUGAAUCCUCCCUUCUCUGUUCCUUAGCUAUCCAGUGCUGGCCAUUAAGAAUCCCUGUUCAUGGAGACCUCAUCUGCUCUCACAGGAAAUUUCAGUACCAGACUAGCUGCAACUUUAGCUGUGCGGAGGGCUUUCUGCUAAGUGGAGUGGAGACCACUAGAUGUGAAGCAUCUGGAGAAUGGAGUUCCCUGGAGCCAAUAUGUCAAGGUUCAGUUUCCUUCUAAAUCCCAUUCCGAUAUUAUUGUCUCAGAACUCUGUAGUACUUAGAGGGUGUACGAUGAAUAUAUUUGGGGAUCCAGCUGUUGGCUAUCAAAUGCCAAGACCAGAAGUAGAUACUGACCUGGAAAACUAAUUUAGAUGCAUGGAAUAAACAUUUUGUACCUCAAUUUCAUAAACCUGGAGAUUCCAAAUUACUGUUGGUGGUCAUAUUGCAUUUAGGGUUGUUAACUUUCCCCCCCUUUUUCUUUUUGCUAAUCCUGCCCUGUACCAUUUGCAGCAGCCUGACCUGAAAGCAGGAAUGUUUUCUGGUAUAGAGAUAUGGAAAGUUUCAAUUCCUUGUUUUCUGCGUAUCAGGCUGCUGUUUUAAGGCACAGAGCAAGUAAAAAGUGAGAGCCUUAAUUUAUCUGAUUCUAAAAAUCAAUCUAUAUACCUUAUUUAUAUCUUCAAAAACAAAGGGGUUAUGUAGUAGGGUUUGUCAGAGGCUGGCUGAGCUACCCUAAGCUGGAGCUUCCUGCCUGGUAUGGGACCAGCUGUUGUGCUAUAGUGAGUUUUCAACUGCCAACAUUUGCUUACUUAUUUGGGAGUACUUUUACCCUGCCUAUUAACCUGAGAUCACUGUCUUGAGCUGCACAAAUCCUGCAAAGGUUCAGAGAAUGCAUGCCCUAGGCAAGGAAGGACAGAGGAAGCAGAAGCCUUGGAAAAGAGAAGGUGGGGCAGUAGGCCACAAAAACCUAGAGAGGGAAGGGGCAGGUGACUGAUCUGAUCUGUGGCUAGCCGUAUCUUUGGCGCUGGGUCUCAAUUCUGAAGCUGCUGCUCUCAAAUGUAAAAAUAAAAAAAUGCUGUUGAAAAAACAGAGCUGAAUAACAUUUUAAGCAGAGGCUGGAUGGCUACCCGCUUAAGAUGAGAUUCCCACAUUGCAGGGGGGUUGGACUAGAUGACCCUUGGGGGGUCCCUUCCAACUCUACAAUUCUGCAAUUCUAAGAACAUAACUGUAUUUGUUUCUAAUUGUUUUAGCUGAUUUGUGGCUAAUUCUAGACUAUCUCUGCACCCGUGAAGGCUACAAAUCCAUGGGAGAAUAGCAAUCUGAUUUAAUGUUACUGUUGGAGAUUGGCAGAGGGUCCCCCAGUCAAAUGGGGAAUGGGUCUGCUUAAGUCAGUCAUCCAUCUGUGUCUAGCAAGACUUACUAAAGCAGAGCUGGGAGGAGGGGUGCCUGUGGUGUUGGUGAGGAGAUAGGCUGGCAUCAUGCGAAAUGUAGUAGGUGAGGCUCAUGGUUUAUAAACUCCAUAUACUAAAUAAAUCUAGUGCAAGCAUACCCCUUGCAUCAUUGUUUUGGAGAUUUCUAUUUCAUUCUAGUUUACCCCUUUUUCUUUCUUUAGUUAAGCAAUGUCCAGAAAUCAAGUUACCCAGAAGAGGAACAAUGGACUGUGUAAAUCCAGUGGGCGACUUCGCUUACAACUCCACCUGUGAUUUUGGUUGUGAAGUUGGCUUUCAGCUCCGUGGCCCCAAGACGUUGCACUGCAGUGCAUCUGGCCAGUGGACAUCCUCUGUACCUGUUUGUCACGGUAUGGCAUCAUAUAGACUUUUGUGGGCCUCUAGAGGAAUUUAGUGUCUCAGUUUGGUGUUACUGGUCUGCUGCAGCUACCUUGUACAGUUGCCGUGUUGAAUAGUCUACUUAACCCUGCUGUGUAGUGAUUGGAAGACUGGGCAGGACCCAAGGCCAAGAACUUAGUCAGUGAGCCCAGAGAGAUACUAUGUUUUACGGUAUGUUGCUGUCCAGAAUUUGUCAAUACACAAGUGUUCCAAGGGCUUGAUAACUGAGGGCAUCUACAGACUGUUGUGGGGUUUUUUUGUGGGAUUCAUUCACAUGUCAGGAACUUCAGAUUGCACAAUUAUUAAUUUUUUGUUUUUCUUAAUUCUCAUUUUAAAACUAUUUAACAUGGUUUCAUUUAGCUACCUGUUUGUUUACAAUAGAGCAUAUGGCAUGCAGCAAUUCUUGACAUUAAAAGAUAAAAUAAUAAUAUACCAUCAGAUAAUUUUUUGACUAUAUCAACAAAGUUGAUAUGAAGUGAUGUAUGGUAAUCUAUGUUGCCUGAUUAGUGACCAUAAGUAAAAGGUAUUUUGUAUUAAUAACUAUUAGAAUUUCUAAAGUUAAAAAGGAGAAAAGUAGAGAAGGAAAGGGGGAAAGAGGGAAAGAAAGAAUUGCAGUAUGCACGUCAUGCAUACCAGACUGUGCUGUAAAUUGUGUAAUAUUCUACCUCAUUAUUGGGUAAUAUUCUAUGCCUUGUAAUUUGUAUAAUCAAGAAAGUCACUCAGGUUGCACAAAGGAAAAUGCACUGGAAAGUGUGCAGUAACACUUGCCUUGACACGCUCGGCCCCUCCAGACAUCUUUUUUCAUGGUGCAUUCAUGACUAUUUGUGCUCAUGAUGCUAUCAAUGCAGUCACACACAUUCCGUCUUUCAAUACGGUUUGCAUCUGCAAACGUUAUGGGGCAGUUGCACUGCUUCAUUUCCAAUUAGUGCAUAUCCUGUAACUUCCUGCUGAAGCCCCAUAACUUUUUGUACCACAAAUGUUCUGGUUUUUGCUCCACUUUUAUUGUCCCAUAGCCCCUCCUUGUCAACAAUAAUGUGACAGCAUCGGGAAAGCAUUACAGAACACAUGGAAGCAGAAUAAACCCACCACUAAUGUGCUUCUCGUGUUUCAAGAACAUGUUGUGGAACACAUCUGCAAUAUAACACCAGGCUGGAGGGGCCCACCACCAUCUAACCUCCUUGCAAACAAAUCAUGAUGAAUGCUCAAUAAACAGGUCAUCUGUCAAUGUCCCGAGAAUCAGGCUAGACCCGAUGAUGGUAGUCCCUAACUGGUUCCUGCCAAAUGUACAUGAAGUCCAUGUGGGGUGCUUGACUGGAAGCAGUUGAACCCUUUCUUAUUUUCGCUUCCACACUUGCUAUGGACUUGAUGCCAGAUCCACUUUUAAUACAGAAGUGUUGCACUACUAUAUGAAUCUUAGAAUCAUAGAAUUGUAGAAUUGGAAGGGACUCUGAUGGUGUUUGAUGUUUUAUCGUGUUUUUAAUAUUCUGUUGGGAGUCGCCCAGAGUGACUGGGGAAACCCAGCCAGAUGGGUGGGGUAGAAAUAAUAAAUUCCUGCAAUGCAGGAAUAUGCAGCUGUCCCAGACGGGGAUUGAACCUGCAACCUUGGCAUUAUCAGCACCCUGCUCUAACCAACUGAGCUAUGUAGUUUCACCCUGAGACUGAACACGGGCGCUGUAUGCUAAACUGUGCAUGACAUGAGAAGUAAUUGCACCCUUGAACCAGUUCCAACUCUUAACUAUUGCCUCUCGCCUGAUUUGCACAUCUGCUUUCCGUAGUGGUUCAGUGCCAGCUGCUGCAGCCUCCUGCUUAUGGUAACAGCACCUGCUUUGAUGUCCAUGGGGAAUUUCAGUACCAGUCUCUCUGCACCUUCCACUGCGCUGAAGGGUUCCAGUUACUUGGAGAACAGGUGACGGAGUGCACGGCAUCUGGAGAAUGGACAGCGGCAGUCCCAGCGUGCCAAGGUGAGGCUGCUGGAAGAACCACCAUUCUUCUUUGGGUAUGAGGUGGUGGAAUAAGGAUAAAAUGACAUCUUUCCUGACCUCUUCCGGAACCCAUAGUUCCUAGAGAAACGCAUCACCUGAAUAUACUAACUUUUAAUUCACAGUUUUCUUAACGAUUGAUGUGUUCCACACCUUGGCCUCCACAUUUGCAGUAUACAAGACAUUUACACAUACCUGAAUAAACACCAAUAUGUGCAAGGGGUAGAGGUUGGGUCAAAGGAAUAAUACUCUGCAACAGCCUUCCCCCCCCCUUAUCCCUCCUGGCUCCCCCCGCCCUUUGCCCACUUGUAUCUCUUCUUCUUCUGUAUCCCAUUGUUGUUGUUGUUUCCCUGUAUUUUUGCUGGAAGCUGCCCAGACUGGCUGGGGCAACCCAGUCAAAUGGGAAGGGUAUAAGAAAUUAUGAUUAUUACCAUCAUCACCAUUGUCAUCUUCAGCCAUGCAGUGCCACAGUCUGGAGACCCCCAAGCAAGGGAGGAUGACCUGCUUUCAUCCAAAUGGAGAGUUUGCAUUCCAGUCGACCUGUGAGUUUGCCUGCGAGGCUGGAUUUACCUUGGCUGGAAGAAAUUCAACCCGCUGCUUAGCAACUGGGAACUGGACUGCUCCGUUGCCAACAUGUCAGGGUAACUAAGGUCUUUUCACUGCCUGUUUUUGUGAUGAAACUCUGAUCUGUCUGGUCAGGGUCUUUCAAGGCUGAGCACCUCCAGCCUGGCUCCCUUAUAGUAACCUGGGCUGCUUCCAGAUGGCCCUUUCUUAUAGCAUUUUCCUCAGACUUCAUAUGGGAGCAUGCAUAUCACGACAGCAUCAUUGUUUUGACAUUAUCUUCCUUUCAUCAAUUUCUCCCCUUCUAAUUUCUUAGUGAUAGGAAAGAUAUAGAACAGCAGUGCAAAGAGCCCUUUGGUGUGGGUGUGUUUGUGCUGGUUUGCACUUUUACCACUGGGACUUUGGGGACUGUGGUUUUUGACACAGGAAGUGUCAUGUGCCACAAAUUUGGCUUUUGCUGCCUGUAUUGUAAUACUGUUUUUCAUGGGUUGGGGAAGGUUUUCAUGAGAAGAAAAUGUGGGUCCUAUAGCAUGGAAAACCAGGCACUUCUUCAAAUGCAGCUUUCUCAUUCUGGGGGGGGGGGGGGGGAGGCAUCACAUUGCCUAAACAUAAUGUUAAGUGCACGCGAUGCCUUUUUUCUUGAGCAUGAGAAAGCAGAAUUUGAGGAAGUCCUGAUGAGGAGAGACAAAACACAAGGCUGUUUUUCAAAAUGGCAAAAGUAAGGUGUUUCUUGGCUUCUGAUAGAAAACAUAUUUUUAAAAUGUGUUUUCAAUUGCCACCUUGCAGUGGUAAGCAAAAAGGGGGAUUGAUGGAUCAAUCUCUACAUUGGUCAAUGAGACUUUUGCAUUUUUUUUAAUUUCACACUUGUGGCGGGAUUGGUUUAUUUUUUAAAAAACAAAAUAAGGAACCCAUGCAGAUAUAUGAACCACCUGCAUGCACGCACAUGUUUCUGUGAGAGGAAUGAGUUAAAUACUCAUUCCAGACACAUCCUAUCAUGAUCCAUCCACUGGUGCAGAUGAGAAAUGGUGGGGUCAAGCCAAAUAGUUAAAUGUAAAAAGAAUGGUGGGGUAGAGGUUUGUUGAGCAGCACCUACCUUAUAUGCAAGGGAGAACUUAUAUCUGGAAGCACCCCUGAAAUAACUGCCUUCAUUCCCCCCCCCCCCAGAAGAAUAGGUCUCAUUUCAUGCCUGGACUUGCCUCUUCCUGUGGCUGGGAGAAUCUGGGCUGAAUAGUUCCUCCUUUCACCAACACUGAGCAUUCUCUUUCAUUCUAGUUAUUGAGUGCCCCAAACUGGAUGUCCCCAAGAAUGGAGAAUUUGACUGCUCUCAUCCACAUGGAGACUUUGCAUAUAGCUCCAGCUGCACUUUCUCCUGCAAUACAGGGUUUGUGCAAGUUGGAGCAGAGCAACUUCAGUGCACAGCUCUGGGAAUGUGGACGGAGAAACCACCCUUAUGUGAAGGUCAGUGCUGAGUAUACUCUUGGGAAUCAGCUGGGAAAUGGAUGGUAGCUGAGUAUAUAAAAUUGAGAUGUUGCAUUUGCUAAAUUGAAAAACAAACUGUAUCCUCUGGUGUCAUACUUCCACUGAUAGCAGUGGCAACAGCAAUUCUUGAUUUUUCUCCAGUUUCAUACAAGAUCUUGCUCUGAAACUUGGGAAUCUAAACAAAACUGACUGGGUGCCUUUGCUACUUGCAAAGGAACAGGACACAGACUGAAUACCAAGAACUGGGUACUUAUUCUGGAGUGAUCACAGGGGCAACCUUCCUUAACGAGGUCACAGACUGAUGUGGAAAUAAGGUCACUAAUCCAUAGUGUCUAACGGUGAAUUACUGUAUCACACCCUCCUCCUGAAAAGUAUGAAACCUGAACUUUGGGUGUGUAGAACAACAACGCAGGCUUUGGGUGAUGGUGACUGUACUGUCUCUGGGGUCCAUUCACUGUAGCAACAUUCUUAGUGGCAUCUGCUUGGCAGUUCCUCCAUAUGUGUUCUACAUACAGUAUGUCCUAUGUUCUACCUCCACUGUCAGUGGAGCAGUAUGCUGGGAAUCACAAGUGGGGAGAGCUUAGACCCCAUAGUCAUCAUGUCGGUCACGGUGAGAGCAGGAUGUAGGACUAGAUGGGCCUUUAGCUUGAUCCAGCAGAGCUAUAUCAUCUGUAUCACGCUCCAAAAUGCUGAGAAGAGGUGCAGAACACAUUCACUCCAGACAUGCAGACAGCACAGCCCCAGAUGCACAAUCCAUUUAUUUUUAGCGCACCCAAUGGAGAUAUAAUUGCCUUUGACUAAAUACAAUUUAGGAUAUAAGUAAAUUAAAUUGACAUAAUUUUAUUGGCCAUUUAAGACACAUCUCUGUAUGGAUCUGUGUUUCUCUGGUGCUUUUUAAUGCUUAGAAUAAGAUGUAGAGCUGGUUGGCAAUUUACUUGCCGUUGUGUGUAUAUCAGGAGGGCAGACUCUUGAUGUGAGUAGGAGAGGCCCUAGCUCAGCGGUUAAGAUCACAAGCUUUGCAUUUUUCCAUUUCUGGCAUUUCCCGAUUAAAAGGAUCUCAAGCAGCAGCUGCAGAGAAUAGGAUCUUUGCUUGAAAUUAACUUUGGACUGCUGCCAGUUGGAGUACAGCACUAGAGAGCUCAGUCAAUGGACAUGCUGCAAGGCAGGUUCAUAUGGGAAAACUGGAUCUCAUAGAUAAUAAUAAUAAUAAUAAUAGUAAUAAUAGUUUAUUAUUUCUGUGCCUCCUGACUAGGUUUCCCCUGCCACUCUGGGCAGCUUCCAACAAAUUAAAACACAGUGAGACAUCAAACACUGGAAACAUCCCUAUACAGGGCUGCCUUCAGAUGUCUUCUAAAAGUCAGAUACAGUGGUACCUCGGGUUACAUACACUUCAGGUUACUUUGCUUCAGGAUGAGAACAGAAAUUGUGCUCUGGCGGCACGGCAGCAGCAGGAGGCCCCAUUAGCUAAAGUGGUACCUCAGGUUAAGAACAGUUUCAGGUUAAGAACGGACCUCCAGAACGAAUUAAGUUCUUAACCUGAGGUACCACUGUAGUUGUUUGUUUCCUUGUAAAUUUCCAGAUUUCUUUAGCACUGAUGUCCUGGGUGUCAAAGCUUCAAAAUGUGCUUAGUUGCUGUAGCAGCAUUUCAGGAGUUGCCACCUCCCCACACGAGCAUGUGGUUCAUCAGGGGGUGGGGUGGGGGGAGGUGGAAUUAACCGCCAUCUAUCUGCAGGCUGUCCCCAAUCCCAAAGUUAGUACCUUUCAUUUGAUAUCAUACAACGCAAGCUGAAUUUGAAGUGACUUAUUUAUUUGGGGUGUAUAUUGAGAAAUCUGUAUUUCCAAUUCCAGCUGUCCAGUGCCCAUCCCUGCAAACUCCAGACAAUGGCAAGGGAAACUGCUCUCAUCCAUACGGCCGCUUUGCCUAUCACUCCAGCUGCAUCUUCUCCUGCAACUCUGGCUUUGAGCUGGUUGGGUCAGAGGAGCUCGAGUGCACAGAUCAGGGGAACUGGAGCAGAGAUGUGCCCAUUUGUGAAGGUAGCCUUGGACCCUCGUCAACUGUUCUUUGUACCCUUUUAAAAACUAUUUUAGUUGUUUUUAUGAAACAUUUGUAAAUUGCCUUGACAAAAAUGUAAAAGGCAAGACAUAAAUUACGGUAAUAAAACAAUAGCAACAAAUAGUAAUAGAUAUUUCAUCUGCAUUGAGCUCUCCUGUAGCAUAAAUAUUCCCUUCAUGGAGGCAAUGCCUUUGCAACACAUUUUCCUAUAUAAAUAAUAAAUGCUUUAUUAGUAAUAAUAAUAAUAUGCUCAUCAAUGGAUUUUCUUCAGUUUAUCAUAUCUAUAACUUUGGCUUUGUUGCUUACUUGUCCUUUUUGCUUCAGCUGUCAGGUGCCCAGGUCUACCUAAGCCCGACAAUGGCCAUUUAAAUUGCACCCACCCUUUUGGGCACUUUGCAUAUGGCUCCAGCUGCAACUUUUCCUGCAGUGCUGGGUUUCAGCUGCUUGGACUGGAGAUGCUUGACUGCACAGCUCAAGGCCGCUGGACUGAACAACUGCCGCAGUGUCAAGGUCAGUGCCAGCAAAACAGGGACAGCCCUGCUUAGGGAAGUUUUUAAUGCGUGACAUUUUAAUGUAUUUUUAAUCUUUGUUGGAAGCCGCCCAGAGUGGUUGGGGAAACCCAGCCAGAUGAGCAGGUUACAAAUAAUAAGUUGUUGUUGUUGUUGUUGUUGUUAUUACUAUUAUUAUUAUGCCCUCCAGAGGUGACUGAACUCCAACUCCCAUCCCCUUAGCCAACAUCUGGAGAGUGCCAUGUUGGCUGACACCUGCAGUAAAUGCAUUUCCCAUAACUCCUCAGAGUUCAAUGCGUAUGACUGGAAAUUAAAGUAUACGACAAAAAUGCCGCAGGUCUCCUAUUCAUUGUAAGGAAGCUGACCCGUAAAAUGCUCUUUCAGAAGCUUUCUGCAUUGAAGGAAGACCAGAACAUAAAAUCAUAUAGUUGCAUUUUGAUAUCUUGGAUACUUGCAAUAUGGUCACCAGCCAAGGGAAAGAAACACUUUAUAAUUUGAAUAUGCAACUGCUGCAGUGUAUUGUGACUCAUCCAAUAUUCAUGUACAUUAAAUAAUCUGCACAUUCCUAUUCCAGCUGUCCAGUGUCCAUCCCUGCAAACUCCAGACAAUGGCAAGGGAAACUGCUCUCAACCAUAUGGCCACUUUGCCUUUCACUCCAGCUGCAUCUUCUCCUGCAACUCUGGCUUUGAGCUGGUUGGGUCAGAGGAGCUCGAGUGCACAGAUCAGGGAAACUGGAGCAGAGAUGUGCCCAUUUGUGAAGGUAGCCUUGGACCCUCGUCAACUGUUCUUUGUACCCUUUUAAAAACUAUUUUAGUUGUUUUUAUGAAACAUUUGUAAAUUGCCUUGACAAAAAUGUAAAAGGCAAGACAUAAAUUACGGUAAUAAAACAAUAGCAACAAAUAGUAAUAGAUAUUUCAUCUGCAUUGAGCUCUCCUGUAGCAUAAAUAUUCCCUUCAUGGAGGCAAUGCCUUUGCAACACAUUUUCCUAUAUAAAUAAUAAAUGCUUUAUUAGUAAUAAUAAUAAUAUGCUCAUCAAUGGAUUUUCUUCAGUUUAUCAUAUCUAUAACUUUGGCUUUGUUGCUUACUUGUCCUUUUUGCUUCAGCUGUCAGGUGCCCAGGUCUACCUAAGCCCGACAAUGGCCAUUUAAAUUGCACCCACCCUUUUGGGCACUUUGCAUAUGGCUCCAGCUGCAACUUUUCCUGCAGUGCUGGGUUUCAGCUGCUUGGACUGGAGAUGCUUGACUGCACAGCUCAAGGCCGCUGGACUGAACAACUGCCGCAGUGUCAAGGUCAGUGCCAGCAAAACAGGGACAGCCCUGCUUAGGGAAGUUUUUAAUGCGUGACAUUUUAAUGUAUUUUUAAUCUUUGUUGGAAGCCGCCCAGAGUGGUUGGAGAAACCCAGCCAGAUGAGCAGGGUACAAAUAAUAAGUUGUUGUUGUUGUUUUUGUUAUUAUUAUUAUUAUUAUUAUUAUUACUACUACUAUUAUUAUUAUGCCCUCCAGAGGUGACUGAACUCCAACUCCCAUCCCCUUAGCCAACAUCUGGAGAGUGCCAUGUUGGCUGACACCUGCAGUAAAUGCAUUUCCCAUAACUCCUCAGAGUUCAAUGCGUAUGACUGGAAAUUAAAGUAUACGACAAAAAUGCCGCAGGUCUCCUAUUCAUUGUAAGGAAGCUGACCCCGUAAAAUGCUCUUUCAGAAGCUUUCUGCAUUGAAGGAAGACCAGAACAUAAAAUCAUAUAGUUGCAUUUUGAUAUCUUGGAUACUUGCAAUAUGGUCACCAGCCAAGGGAAAGAAACACUUUAUAAUUUGAAUAUGCAACUGCUGCAGUGUAUUGUGACUCAUCCAAUAUUCAUGUACAUUAAAUAAUCUGCACAUUCCUAUUCCAGCUGUCCAGUGCCCAUCCCUGCAAACUCCAGACAAUGGCAAGGGAAACUGCUCUCAACCAUAUGGCCACUUUGCCUAUCACUCCAGCUGCAUCUUCUCCUGCAACUCUGGCUUUGAGCUGGUUGGGUCAGAGGAGCUUGAGUGCACAGAUCAGGGAAACUGGAGCAGAGAUGUGCCCAUUUGUGAAGGUAGGGCUUCCAGAUAACCUUGGUUCCUUCUGGGAUAGGCUUGGACAAACAGUGGGUGCUGCUUGUCAUAAGGUUGCUCCCUAGAAUUGGAUUAGGGCUUCUUUCCAAGGGUGUGUUGUGUGUGGCUAUCACAGUGGCUUCAGAGGCCAAGAUAUAUAUCUUAUUCAACACUGGAAGUGUGAUACAAAACGCUGUAGGCCAGUGAUGGCCAAACUUGGCCCUCCAGCUGUUUUUGGACUACAACUCCCAUCAUCCCUAGCUAACGGGACCAGUUGUCAGGGAUGAUGGGAAGGGCCAAGUUUGGCCAUCACUUCUGUAGGCCUACCCCACUGACGAGCUCCUUGCAUGUCUUAUCAUGCUUUCAGUUUCUGCCUUGGAGUUUGUAUGGGAAAUGGCAGUCAAAUUUAGCGCUAGUUAGCAAGUAUAGGGCUAGUUAAUGCAUUAAGGGAUUAAGACCAAAUAAUAAUAAUAAUAAUAAUAAUAAUAAUAAUAAUAAUAAAUUUUUUAUACCCCGCCCAUCCAGCUGGGGUAUUGCUGGAUUCAGAUCAUGUUCUCUCAUUCCUGUGAAGGAGGAAGUGAAGCUUCUUUCUUCAUUCUCUUCCACCAUGUGAAGCUUUAAGCCCAGAUUGCAUGCUCAGAAAUAUUUUUCUGUGUUUCGUAAACCCAGUAUUUCUACCUGUGUUCUUCUUGCUGCUGCAUGGAAUAAUGCAUGAGUCUGACAUUUGGAGUUUGUAAGUAAAGCAUUUAAACUUACUAAUAGUGUGGUCUGUUUAUUGCAAGAGGGGUAGAGGAGGAAGCACUGAAAGCGGACUAGAAUGUGAUGUUUAAAAGGUCUAACAGCCUAUUAUUUCCAUGCUUUACUGUGCAGCAUGAUUCUGUUAUUUUAAUACUCUCCUGGGUGCUCACUCUUGCUGGGGAGUGUGUUUAGCCCCAAACUUUGGAGUUAGAGAUCCAGCCAAGUCUUUAAUUAUUACCCCACAUGGGUGAACUAGAUUUUUUCUACCCCACAGUUUCACUUCUUAUUUUACUGCACAACAUCAGAGUAUUCCAUUUGGUUUCCCCACUUAGCAGUCAAAUAUUAUGUCCAGCCUAGUGUUUGACAGUAACAUCCUUGGUUUGGGGUUAUUUUUCUGAUUGUUUUAUAUUAUUAUUAUUAUUAUUAUCACUAUUAUUUUCUAUACCACUUUAUAUUUUUAAGAAAAAAUUCUCAAAGUGGCUCACAAGCUACAUUAAAACAUCAAAUUAAACAAUCCAGAAUAAAAUAUAUAUUCAAAGCAACAUAUUUAACAGUAAACUGAAAUAUUACAUUACAAAGGAGGUCAACAACAGAAUACACAUUUAACACAGCAUAAUUAGCAAGAGAAUAAAAUAUUAUUUCAAGCAUAGAACAUAUCUGCCGCUGUUGCUACCAGUCCUGCCGAUUGUGGUUCCUGGAGAGUGGCAGCUGUGGAAGCUCAGGCUCAGUUAUCUGGGUCUGCACUAAGAGACAGCCAAGACAUAUCGCAUAAAUACAGCUGCCUCUGUCACUUGUCAGCUUUUAUUAAGCCGUUUGUCUAAUUCUUACAAUGCUAUGUUUAAAAAUAGCAUAACAUGCCUUUAAUCCAAUGUGUAAAGCAAGUUUGUAGUUCAUAUUUUCUUCCCAUCCCCCCAACAGCGAUAAAGUGUCCCCACCUGAAUGCUCCGGGGAAGAUGAAGAUGAAUUGCUCUGGUCCCUGGGACUCCUUCAGAUACGGGUCGACAUGUCUCUUCCAGUGUGCUGAGGGCUACAACCUCAAUGGAACAAGCAGCAUUCAGUGCCAGGCCAAUGGCCAGUGGUCUCCCGAGAUGCCUGUUUGUCAAGGUACCUGUAGCCCCUUUUCUUUUUUUUUAAGAAUAUUUUUUUAUUAACCGACCAAUCACAUCAAAUCAAACCAAAUUACAUAAAUUCCAAAUUACACAGCUGAAUUUUAAAUUUUUGUUGGGGGGUACCCAUAUUUCAAGUUCGAAGGGGAUCCAAUCAACUUCUUGCUUCUUGCUGCUGUUUUAAUGUCCACAAAUCUAACCUUAUGAUGUUCACAGUACUAUCCAGUCCUUUCUUAUUGUUUUUCCACAUCUCUUGUUGUUAUUUUCAUAUAUUUUUCCUUUCUCUUUGUGACCGCUGAUAGUCUCCACAAGCUGGUUAAAACAGUUUGUAAUCCUGCGUGGAUAUUUUUUUUUAUAUCCAGUAGCCAUAUCCAGACGUUUUCCAUAUAACAUCACUUCCAUACAUCAAAACAGUCUUAGCGUCAUUAAUCUUCGCCAGUCUGCCUCCUUUCUCAAACCUCUGAGGAGAUUCACCAGGAAUGCAGUCUGAAAACAAGUCCGUUCCUCCUCCCGGCUAUAAAUCCUUUGGCAAGAUGGCGACUCUGAAUUAAUUGCUGCGCGGUUCUAAAAGUUAUUAUUCCUUCUCGAUCUCCAUAAAGCAUACUUUUGGUUAAAGUUUAUCUCCGCACAGACCUUAAUCAUCCUGCUUGGGUCAGUUAAACCGACGGUUCUAAUGAGGAGGGGUUCUUGGUAAAUCACAUAGAAGAAAAGUAAAAAAGGUUCCCCCCCCCCCCAUUCAGUCCCGUUGCCGACAUACCCAGCCUUUGGUGUAUCUUCAUCGUAAAAUAUUCCUGUUGCUCCAACCCGUCGUCUUCUUUCGCAGAGGUCGUCUUCUUUCCUGCUUGGCAGGGGGUUGGACUCGAUGGCCCUUGUGGUCUCUUCCAACUCUAUGAUUCUAUGAUUCUAUGAUUCUAUGAUUCUAUGAUUCUAGGUCCCUUAAAUUAGCAGUCUUCACUCCCCUUCUUCACUUGAAAUAUGUGCAUUUGCUUCUUUUGUAAUUAAUUAUUCCAAAUUGCUGCAGCUAGUGCGCUAUCAGAGACAGCGUCCAGGAGAGCAAAGGUCCACACGGGGGCAUUCUGCCUAGUGCCCUCACCCCCUUCUUUCGAAUUUGGGGGUGAUUUAUGGGCACAGCAGGCAAGGGCAGUGUUCCCCAUUCCCUUGGGGCAACAAGGGAGGCUGCCUACUCCCAUAACAGCCUCUUAAUUACCCCGUGUGGGUCGGAGAGAUGGUAUUGUCGGCCAUCUUCCAAUGCGCCCCUAGUGGCCCCCCACCUGUAGCCCCUUUUCAAGGGGGCUUCCAGAUGGGUGGCUUCUAGCCCUAUCUAAUUCUUCUUCUUCCACUGUAAGCUAUAAUUACCGAUUGGCUUUCCACACAACUGGAAAGACUGUGAUUUUCCUGUGAAUAGUUUCUGCUAAAAUGCUUAGCAUAGAAGCACCCUUAUUUUUUAAAAAGAAAAUAAUUCCCAAAAAAGUUGCGGAACUGUCCUGGGGCUCAGGAGGAAGGAAAUAUUCUGCUGGCAUCAUGGAUGGUAGCCAGUUGGUGGUACCGACAGCUUGGUUUUCUGUACAUUUGCAGAACUAUUGCAGUUGGUGGCACUGCAGACAUGUGAAACAUUCUUGUUAGAAGUAAGACCUGCACAGAUAGUUGAUGAGCGUUCUUGGAUGGAAAGGUUUUAUAAAGUCUGGGGCAGGUGGCUUGUGGGGUCAGCUGAUGGUGUCCAGGCUGGUCUUGGCUGGUAAAGCUAAAUCCACCUAGAUAGCUGGGGGAGCAAAGUGCUGCUGGCACAGCAGAGGUACCAUCUUCUGAGGAACAUUGAGGGGGUUCUGUGUUUGGCCUCAGCAAUGGAGGCAGCCGCCCCCUUUAUAAAAAAAGAUUGAGGGGGCCCACAGAACCUCGGCCCGCUGGAGCCAACGCCUACAUUGUACAGGAAGGAAAGGACUCUGAGAAGACAGAACAUCAUACAGGUGACUAUAUUGCCAUGAAGUCUCUCUGUCUUGAUCACAGUCUGCAGCACUUGGAUUUGUCAUGCUGAAGGUGCCAGACCAUAGAACUGGAAAUGAAGAACCUAAGAAAAGCUUAGGUGACUCAAUCUCUAACUGUUAGGUUUGUUAUUCAUUCCAGAAAAUGUUGCCCCUUACUACACAAAAGCUCUGCUUUAUACUGGUGGAGCCACAGUAUCAGCUGUUGCCCUCGUGCUUUCUGGGAGUCUGAUCGCUCUGGCUAUCAGACGCUUCAGGAAAAAAGGUAAGAAAACCCAGGUGCCCCAACUUAUUUACUUCCCCCAACCAGGUCAUGUUUUCAACUUUUUAGUUUGAUUAACAUCUUCUUGAGGAGCUAGAUAUGCAGAAAGUGCCUGUAAAGUUAUAUUCCAUAGCACUUCAGGCUGUGUGUGUGUGUGUUUAUUGUUCCAGGCUGACUCUCUCGUGUAAAAACAAUCCUUCUCUCGUGUUGUAAAUUUGAGAGAUGUUUUGUGGUAGGCUUAUUUCUGAUAUGUUUGACAUGCAGGCAGCUUUUUACAUGGUGGGGCUGGGGAUUUAAAAAUGUCUCCCCACUUACAUUCGGAAGUGGCGCAGUGGUGCAGUGGCAUUCUGCUACCACAGUUCAUUCUGUGCCACAAGCAACAUCUGCAGCUUAUGCACCUUGUGAUAUAUGGGUGCUUUCAAAUGGGGCCUAAUAUCAAAUAAGUCAUUUAUUUCCCCUACCCUGGAAAUUAGAUUUCUCUCUCUGUGUGCAUUAGUUUCCACACGUACCCUUUUUUCAGUCAUCAAUAUUCAUUGCUAUUUCACUGUGCGAACAGAGCUUAGCAAAAUGUAUCUGGGGUUGUUGUUGUUGGUUGUCUCCUGUCCCCCCCCCAUCCCCUCCUCCUCCAACCUCCACUACCUCUACUUUUGUUGUUGUUCUGGACAUGCAUGCAGGUAUUUCUAUACUGAUGCAUCUGCACGCAAGAGUGCAAGGCCAAAUGUCACCUGCCUUAGUUAUCAUGUUUCACAAUGGGGGAAAAUAUAGUGUUGUGGGGAGUUUUUUGGGGUGAGGCUGCAGUAUCCAUUUCCAUUUAAGAAAUGUUUUAAUACUGAGGUCUGGGAAUCAUAUAACCAGUUGACUUGUUGCAAGUUUGUUACCCAAGGAUCUUUUAUAGACAGGAUGGCCAGAGCAUUGUUUGCUGUACAUAUUUCUGUAUCUGGAACUGGGGUGAAACUCAAUGGGGAAUUUUGUGCCAGGAAUUUUCUGUCUAACCAGUCUCUCAGGAUUGUUGUAUGAAGAAAAACCCAUCUGACUCCCUCUGCUUUUUGGUGGAGUGGCGGAAUGCAAAUGGAAUUACUUCAUCUAUCACUACUUUGUAUUUGAGAACAAACCACUGGUAUAUUAUCUGCUGCUUACAUAAAUAAAUGACAAUAACUGAAUUUCUCUCUCUCUCUCUCUCUCUCAAAUUCUCUGCACCAUCCAAUGGCAACUUUGACUCUGUCAGGGGAAAAGAAAAGGCUCCUUGACCAUACCAGGUACUAUGAAUUACUACAUGAAAUUAGACCAACUUCUUUUUUCUAGUAUUCUAAAAGAAUGGCUAAUAAUUUAAUGAGGCAUAAGAUUUAAUGUACCAGAGUCCAUUCUGACAGAUUCGCAAGCUGUUUUGAAAAGAGAGGUAAAGAUUAACACAGAGAGAGUAGAUCUGUCAUUCAGAUCUGGUCAAACAAUUUUAAUUAACAAGAUGUGUAGCAUGAUCCUAAGCAUAUUUACUUGGGAGUAAGUCCCAUUGAGACAAAUGGGGCUUCCUUCCUUCCUUGUAUGUGCAUGGAUUGCAUCCUCAGUCAUUCAGCAUCUGAAAGCUCAGAUACAGCUGUGUCCUGGCACCCUCAAGCCUCGCAGGCAGAAAAAUACUGUACUCUACUUCCCAUGAUAUGGCCAACCAAGAUUCUGAUUCAAGCCAAAGUGAACGGUUGUCCAAAUGACCUCUGUCAUCAGCCUUGUUCCUCUAUCCAACCCCAAGGCUUCUUUUGUUUCAGUACAAUGACCGUUCUUCAUAGCUGAAAUUACAGUUAGGAAGGGCUGAACUUCUGGGGCUUUUCUCACCAACUCUUGUUACUCAGAAACAUAACUUUAGGCAACAGCAUUUGAAAAGAUGAACACUUCUGAAAGUCAGUACCAUGAGGGCCACAUUGCUGCAAGGGCAGGCAAAUUACAGGCUGGGCUGAUCCAGAUGGUCUUUUUAAUGUGUUUUCAUGAUUAUUUUGCUCUUGAUGGAAUUGGAAUGAUAACAAGCUCCCACAUUCAAGUCAAUUUGCACCUUCUUCAAACUUACCAGACAGUCACAAGUCAGCAGCAGCAAUCAGUGUAUGGUCUAUAGCUUCUUGCUGACUUUUUCAUUUCACAAGUGUUCCUAUUUUUAUAAAUUUUGGUCCUACUUCUUGUGCUAUUUUGCUACGCCUGGCAAUAUACCAAAUAGAAUUUGCUUAGGGUAUACUUCUUGUUGAUAUUGGAUACUGGUUUUCUUCUUCUUCUUCUGGAAAACAAAAAUGGGGUGAGGGAGAAAGAAACUUGAGCUAGGGCAUCCUGGUAAUUUGCUGAGUUAAAAUUACUUCCUGCGGGAACAGAAAUGGAGCAAAAGUGCCUUCUGAGCAUUGGGCCCUUUGUUCUCCAGGCUACACCAGCUCUAGAAAAACAACCCUCUGUUUGUAUUGCCUUUACAGUGAUUUGGGAGCACCUGGUGUAUUCUCCAACGCAGGCUUCAGCUCUGCUUUUUAAGGUAAGCCUGCCAUUGUGUUGCUUUGAUAUGUUUCAGACCCACUAGCCCAGUUCUCCUUUCUGAAUCUGAGCAUCUUGUGCUACACUCCUUACAGAACACUUUUUAAUUCACUGUAUUGCAUUAAUGUGAUGCUUUGGAUGCCAGUACUUUUAUGCCCUCUUGUGGCUGGUUUAUGUGUGUCAACUAACUGAACUGGGUUGCUUCUGUCUCAGGGCAAUUUCAUCCUGCUAAAGCAUUGCUCUUCUUACACUGUUAGGUGGAAGUGCGAUUAUUACUGUGGUUCCACAUUGCAUGCUUAAUCCUCUAUGUGGUGUUGUGCUCAAAAAUUACUCAGAAACUUCAACUGGACCAAAAUGCAGCAGCUAGAUUACUGACUGGGGUUCCACUUAGUUCUCAUAUAACUUCUGCUUUCAGAUAGCUGCAUUGGUUGCUGGUUUGUUUUAUGGCCCAAUUCAAGGUGCUCGUGUUAAUGUUUAAAGCCCUAAAUGGCUCAGGUCCCAAAUACCUGAAACACCACCUCUUUCCUUACAAACUGUCUCAGACACCAUUUUACAUUGGCUUUUGACACUUGAGAUGUACAUUUUUAGAACCUACCUUAUUUCUGUGAUUGUAAGCUGUAUUCCUACAUUUCAUUUGUAUCCACACAGAACUCAUCUGGGUCAUGUCCAUGGAAGAAAAGUGCUGAUGCAAUGGGACUUUCUUGCAACCUCAUUAAUCUGUGCCACCACUGUCAGUGAGAGCUUCUGCUGCCUGGUUGCUGGAGAUGGAAUAAAUUCAUGCUUCGGAAUACCAUGGGCUGGCAGGGAAGUGUUCUUGUCAUCAGGUCCUGCUUGCAGGCUUUCUGCAGGCAUCUGUUCUACCACUGUGAGAACAGGAUUCUGGACUAGUUGGGUUACUGGCCUGAUCCAGCAAGUCCUGCUUACAUUCGUACUUCCAGUCAUCAUCCGCACUGUAGUGUUUAAUGGAUUUCAAAUUGUCUCAGCAUUUGCCUUCAUCACCUGUCUAUCUUAGAUGACCUGCAUUCUUCUUAUGCUGUCAGACUCCUGCCAACUCUCAACAUUAACAACCAUUAUCAUUAAAAGGUCUUGCAAAGAUGCCGUUGCUGAAAAACUUUGUCAAAAGCUGCUGUAAAAUAUUUCUGGACAUACUGAUUUCUCUUUCUUCACCCAGACUUGGUUUCAGAUCCUGUUGUAAGGCUGCCUUUAAAAAAUAAUAAUACCCAAACAUUAAAACAAACGUGGGGAUCACUGCCAAGAUAUGACUAGAUCAUGUAAUAUGCACAUACCGUGCUAGUAAAACCUACCUUUGCCUUGCUGUCCAGACUAGGAAAACAUUGUUAAUUUGUGGGCACAAACUAUACUGUGGAAAAUGCCAACUGCCACUCAGAACAGGAACGUCUUUUUUUAAAAGCAAAUGAAAGAGAACAUGCUCCAAAGCUGAAUUCUGCAGUCACACCACAUUCUGCACUUGUAAAUUGACUGCAGUCAAAUAUUUCUAGUGUGCCAUUGAAUACAUGGCAGCUUAAAAUCUUUUCGUGUACUUUGUUAGCACAGGCAAACUUGGCAGCUUAGCAAAUUUUCCACUGGCUACCAGCUAUAUCCACAGGUAGAAUAGAAACACAAGAAGCAAAUGCCACUGCUUGGGUUCAAAUCCUCAUUCAGCUCUGAAGCUCAUUAGGCGAGGUUGGCCUGUUACACUUAGCCUAACCUACCUCACAGGCUUGUUGCUGGGAUAAAAUGGGAACUAGGUACGGUUCCCCAAGCUUCUCGGUGGAAUGGCAGAAUAAAAAUGUAGUAAUGUCUGCAGACAAAUGCCGACUCCCUCGGCUUGUAAAGCGAGAUGAGCGCCGCAACCCCAGAGUCAUCUGCGACUGGACUGUCAGGGGUCCCUUUACCUUUACCUUUACCUUUAUCUUUAAUGUUUCUCCCCCUCAACAUUCUUGGGAUUUUUCCAAUAGAUACUGUGCUCUGAUACUAGAGCACAAUAGAUCAAUAGAUCUUAAAUAUAUCAGUAGGCAGAGUAGCACAUCUAAUAAGAGACAUGAUUAAAACAAACAAUUGCACCAAAGCUAUUUUAAUAUUUGGCAUAGAUACAGAAGAAUAUUGAGCUCAGAAUUCUCAACACUGACAGCUAUAUGUUAUAAUGAGAAAUCAAAAGACAAACGUGUGCUAAGUCAUUUGCAGUUACAGAGAGAAAGUGAAUUGAUUUAGUGGAUAAAGUUAUUUAAAGAUAGAAUUUUGAAGUCUUCUUAUUACUGAACUGAGACAAAUCCCUCAUUUCUUUCAGUAUUUGCAAACAACAUAUUAUUAACUGUCUAGUAUUAAAUAAAUCUGACCCUCCCAGAGAGAGAACAGUUCAAAGAACUAAUAUCAGAAGACCAUACACAGCACCUGGUUAAGUACAUUUUGCAGUAUAAUAAUACUGCAAAUAGAUGAAUCCAAAAAUACCCAUCAACAGAGCUGGGAGAAGAAAGUGAGAGACAUGAUCCGUAGGUGUGUGGAGCUAGCAGGAGAGACAAAGGGCGGUGUCGCCCCGAUUCUGAACCCUUACAUUACUUGUUUAUUGAGAAAGGGGCCAUGUGGGUUUUAUGCAUUGGUGCACCAAGACACUGGAAAACAGCAUCUUUUCCCCUCUUUUUUGCAUUUUCAAAAAGAGGAACAGAGAGCAUAUUUAACCCCCCUCCCCUUCCCAGUCCCACUUACAACUUCGUACCAAAUACAGCAUAUAUACAUAGACCAUAUGACUUCCCUUCCUCGCUUUUCCUGGUUCCUUUGCUUUUUUACUACUCCGCAUAAGCCACAUUUUAAAUCAUCCAAUUUGUUAUCUAUUAAAUACUCCAUCUAUUUCAACGCUGCUGGAUUUACUUGAGACCUGCUAAGCUAUGUAUCUGUCUAUACUGGUUCUUGAAAUAGUCAAUAAACAUUAUCCAUUCCUCUUU